UUCUAACUUGUCUUCCCCGCACGAUGCGAUCCAUACGUAAACUAUUCAUUCCCUCUUUGCCACACCACACCGACAUGUAUUUAAUAGAAACAGAGAAAAUUUUCUAAAUCUGCAAUUAAUAAAACCCCCCUCCCAAUACAACAUUUUUUUGACUGGUUAUCAUUUCAAAGAAGAGAAAAGAAAAAAAUGGGAAUUGAUAGUAAAGAUGUAUGCGUUAUCAUCUGGAAGAUUUUAAAAAUCUCAACGAAUACAGCUUUCAGAUACGUGAUGAGAUACCCAGUUGUGUCUGGUGUUUCCACGUUUAUGAUCGUCUUGUAUAUUUUUCUUCCUUGGGUUUUCUAUCUCUUGCUCUGUUCUUCGAUAGCUUAUGUUUCGUACUGUCCACGGAACCAUGAUGUGAGUUCAAAGAUCGAUGAUUUAUCGGAGGAAGGAGAGAGAACAGAUCGUGGGUUGUCUUUUGUUUCUCAAGAGGGAAGAACAGAGAAGGCUGAGUUAAAGCACCAACGAAGUGUUCGACGUAAUGCUCGAAGAAAAGUUGAAGAGGUUGGGAAAGAUUGGGAUUCGUCUCAAGCUAGUGAGGACGAGAGAGGUAAAGUUAUUCUGACAACUCUCUAUGGGGAAGUUUUACCGGGGACGAUUAGUACUACUCCUGAUCUGGAGAAACUUAAGAGAGAGAGGACGUUGCUUGUCGAAGAAGAAAGCUCUUUUGACUCUGUUUUUGACAACAGUGAAGAUGUCGUUGUUGAUCCAUUGGAGAAGGUAACAAGUGUUGAUGAAACUGAAGUAGAAUGUUCAUCAGAAGAGGAAGAGGAAGAAGAAAGGUGUGAAGAUAGAAGAAGCAAGGUCGAUGAGGUAGAGUGGACAGAGGAUGAUCAGAAGAAUCUGAUGGAUCUUGGAACAUCUGAGAUGGAACGAAACAAGAGGCUUGAGAAUUUGAUCACCAGAAGAAGAUCACGGAGAUUUUUCCUACUUGCAGCUGAAGGAAGCUUGAUGGAUGAUAUGGAAGUUCCUCGGAUUUGUAUAGGUCGGAACUUUUAUGGUUUCGGUAAAGAAAACUAUGAAAUCGAUGGACUUCUCAUGCCUGGCUCUGCACCUUCCGUUUUGUUACCAAGAAGAAACCCAUUUGACCUUCCUUACGACCCACUCGAAGAAAAGCCGAACCUAACAGGAGAUAGUUUUCAGCAAGAGUUUGCUGAGCCUACUAACCCGAAGGAUAUCUUCUUUUGCCGUCAUGAGAGCUUUCAUCACAGAGUUCAUCCAUCAACAUUGCAAAAGGAAUCUAAAUUGGCCUCAUCAUGGAGAAAUGAAGUUGAUGGUGGUAGUAGGCUUAGGCAACUACAAGGUAGCAAUGAUCAACCACCUCAACUAAAAGAAAGAGAAAAAGAAAAUGAUAUGGAGGCAGGAGAGGUUCGGAUAGAGACAGAUUCCAUCAGAAACGAUGAUAGUGACUCGAAUGCAUCGCUUUCUCCUCGAGAAAGAGAGAAAGAUUUCAAUGUCUCGGACCAGUCAGAUGCUUCCGGAACUUUCUGCAAACAAAAUGAUCGUGUUGAAAACUCUCUUGCAGGUUUAGUGCCUAGAAGCAGUGGUUCGAGUUCACUAGCGACAGCGAGGCAAAGAUACAUGGAGCAUUUUGGUUACAACACAAGAAAAUGUCAUAUGGUGACACAUUCAGUUGACUCUGAUCUUCAAGUUGAGGUUUCUGAACUCGGAUCACCUCCAACCUCAGUUGAUGGGAAUGACUCUGAUUAUGAGAGAUCUAUGUUCGUUUAUGAAUCGGACAUUGGAAAGCAAAUGAGUUUCAAUGGUGGGGAAUAUGAAGUCUUACCUGUUGGGAAAGAUGAUCAAGAUCUAAAUGAAGCAACUUCUUUAGCUUCUCCAGAGAAUGAAGAAGCAGGAAAAAUGGAGUCCAUGGUUCCUCAACAUAAUGAAGCUUCCUCCAAAAGACCGGAGGAGUUAAAGGAACUUCCUGAGAACUCAGCUGAUGAGAUAAAGAUAAGUUAUGACUCUGAUGAACCUCAACCAUCUGAUAGAAUUGAUCAAGAAUCUGAAGAAACUCGUGAGAGAAAUGAUGGAGAAGAAAUGCAACAAGUCAUGGCGGAAGCUGAAGCUUCUUCUGAUGUAAAUUAUCAUGGAAACUCUGAAGAAUCUGUUACAUCUCCAAGAUCAGUGUUAGCAGAUAUGUUACAUCUAGAACAAACUAAUUCUGGGGAUCUGGAUCAUACAUCAGUUGGUCAGCUGCAAAAUAUGGAUCCACCUGCUGAAUCUUCUCAUAAUCAAAUAGAUGAACAUUCUGAACCAACUGAGGAAAAAGUAGAAACCAUUUGUUCGGAUGCCAUGGGAACAAUUCAAGAGAAGCAAGAGGGAUCUGAAGUAACAUACAAUGAUGAGCCUAUAUAUGCAGAAGAACACAGACAGUCCAUUGAUCCAUUGGCUGUAGAACUUAAGAACAAUCAAACUGAUGGAAUCAAAUGAUGAAAUGGUAAAGCUAAGACUAAGAUGUUGCUAUAACACAGGCUAGACUGAUUCCACAUUCCCCCAAAUCUGAUCUCCAUUACGUGUUUCCAACGCAAUCUCGACACAACGAAUUUCAAGUAUAGACCAAUAAUUGUUCCCCAAAAUCACCAACUUGCCACCAACAUUCGCCAUCUUAGACCAAUCAUCACGGAGCAUAGGCAAUUGAUAAGUGGAUACACCCAUCAGAGGUCUCCAAACCAAUUCAUUCGGAUGAUAUACCAGUAUUGGAUGUGCAAGAGAACACGUUUAUUCUCCCCACUCCCCAGUAUUGGAUGUGCAAGAGAACACGUUUAUUUCCUCCAAACCAAUUCAUUCGGAUGUUGUUAUUGUGUAUAGUAUUUAUAUUAAGGAAACCUAAUUGUCAUUUCACUUGGCAUCACUCACUCAUUCAGAAAGUUCUACUAUUUUUCUUUUCUUCUAAUAUGAUAAUUUGUAUUAAAUGUUUUUUCGUUAAUAC